UACAAUCACUUACACUAUAUUGCCAAAAGUCUUGGGACACCCCUCCAAAUCAUUGGACUCAGGUGUUCCAAUCACCUCCAUGGCCACAGCUGUAUGCAGACUGCUUCUACAAACAUUUGUGAAAGAAUGGGUCGCUCUCAGGAGCUCAGUGACUCCAAGUGUGGUGCGGUGAUAGGUUGCCACCUGUGCAAUAAGUCCAUCCGUGACAUUUCCUUGCUACUAAAUAUUCCAUGGUCAAGUGUUAGUGGUAUUAUAACAAAGUGGAAGCAACUGGUAACAACAGCAAGUCAGCCACCAAGUGGUAGGCCACGUAAAAUGACAGAGCGGGGACAACACAUGCUGAAGCGCAGAAGUCACCAACUGUCUGCAGAGUCAAUAGCUAAAGACCUCCAACCUUCAUGUGCCCUUCAGAUUAGCACACCAACAGUGCGUAGAAAGCUUCAUGGAAUGGGUGUCCAUGACUGAGCAGCUGCAUCCAAGUCUUACAUCUCCAAGUGCAAUUCAAAGCAUCAGAUGCAGUGGUGUAAAGAAUGCCACCACUGGACUCUAAAGCAGUGGAGAUGUGUUCUCUGAAGUGAUAAAUCAUGCUUCUCUGUCUGGCAGUCCGAUGGAUGUGUCUGGGUUUGGCGGUUGCCAGGAGAACGGUACUUGCCUGAUUGCAUUGUGCCAAGUGUAAAG